GUUUGCCUCAAAGUUGCAAAAAUGUCUGAAAAAGAGGAGAGAAUUAAAUUAAUUCAAGAAGUACUCUCAACGGCAGAUCUAAAUGUAACCAAGAAGUGGUACUCCAAGUGGGCUUCAAACUAUGAACAGGAUAUAGCGUUUAUGGAAUAUAAUGGCCCAGAAGUAACGGUCAAUGAAUUCUUAUCUCUUAAUAUACCAAAAGAUGCCCGCAUUCUGGAUAUCGGGAUGGGAACGGGAAAUGUGGGAAUACAUCUCAAACAAAACGGUUACACAAACAUCGAUGGACUCGACGCCUCACCAGAGAUGGUGGAAAUCGCAAAACAAAGGAAUUGCUAUAAAAAUCUUAUCUGUUCUUCGGUUGAGAAAGAAACAAGACUUCCGAUUGAAGACAAGACAUACGAUGUGGUAAUAAUGGCCGGUUGUCUCUGUCCCGGACAUAUCAGAUGGAAUUCAUUCCCACAAAUCAUACGAAUUGUUAAAUCAGGAGGAGUGGUGUUUUGGUUGGUCGCCGUCUCCAAGACCUUUGAGGAGAAGGACGAAGACUUCCGGAACGGAAACAACGAAAAUCUGGUCAAAUCUCUAACAACUGAAGGAAAAUGGGAUUACAUUAACGGAUACCCAAAAAGGGUAGAGAAUUAUAUGAUAGGAACUGAAGGCGAUAUAUACGCUAUGAAAGUGCAAUAA